CGAGAGGCCGGAGGGCGAAGGGGCGGGGCGGGGCAGGGCAGCGGUGGAAGCGAUGCGGUACAACGAACGGGAGCUGCUGUCGCUCUCCCGGCAACCGGCCGAAAAGGCGGCGGAGGUUCUCAUGCGCGCCCCCAAGAAAGGAAGUGCCUUGAAGAAGCGCCUGGUGAAAUUAGUGGUCAAUUUUCUCUUUUACUUCCGAACAGACGAGGCUGAGCCCAUUGGUGCUUUAUUGUUGGAACGCUGCAAGAUCAGCAAAGAAGAAGAAAAUGUCUUUUCCAUCAGCUUCCUCGAAGAGCCAGAGAGGAAAUACUACUUUGAAUGUGAUACAGAAGAGCAGUGCCAGGAAUGGAUUGAGGUGCUUCGCAAGGCCAGUUAUGAAUUCAUGAGGAGCAGCUUGAUCUUUUAUCGGAAUGAGAUCCAGAAGAUGACCGGGAAGGACCCCUUGGAGCAAUAUGGCAUCUCAGAGGAAGCCCGUUUCCAGCUGGGGGCACGGAAACUUUAAUCCACAUAAGGUGAACACAGGAACUCCACUGCUGAAAUGUCGACAGAGUAAAUUCUCUAUUUUUUUUACGAACUUUAAGGGAGAGGAAAGGGAAUGUUUCUCUUUUUUUUUAAAAAAAACAUACCCACACUGUCCACACUUGCUGUAUCUCUUCUGCUGCUUUGUGAUCUCAGUUUUGCUACUACCAAUAGCCACAUCUGCAAUGAAGAUUAUUGAUAAGGAGGAUCAGUUUUGUGGUUAAUUGAAUCAGUCCUGCCUCUCUCAUAUACAGGUGCGCAGAGCAAGUACAGUUGUAAAAAUAAAGGAAAUGGGGAAAGGGAGCUUCACAUUUGGAAGAAGGCCUCGAUUUUAAUUCUUUUUAAUCCCCUUUGGUAAGGCAGGGAGGUUUUAGUGACAAGAUGACAAAACGUGUCAUCAGCAGAGAUGAAUUUAAUAGGUAGCCCAGCUCUGCUGUGUCCACUCCCAAAUUUAUUGUCAGACUGGUCUUCCUACCAUCUCCUUGCAUUGGGUCUAAUUAAGCAUUUGACUCAGACUGGAAAAGAUCAGAUCUGUCUCUUCAGGAGCUGUUGCAAUCAGUCAUGAAGCUUACCAAGGCCAGCGAUUUCUCCCAGGUACAAAAUGGAUAGGCAGUCCUUAACUUAUUCUUGAUGCGAGGUACUUUUAAGUGGAAGGCUGGCUGGCAAAUGGACACAGCAAGCCCUCUGCCUCUUUGAAUACAGGGGUGUCGGUGUUAAUCAGUGAUCAAAAUAAGUAGGCUCAGGCUUGCUGAUCUGAAACAAUAGAUUCAAUAGACGUUCAGCCUUUGAUGUGGCAAACAGAUCAUUUGGCAGCCCUUACAGUCAUUAGUGAUUAUUUCCUGCAAGAAUAAAAGGGGAAGACUCUUUUCAUAAUCUUACAUGCUUGGUGUUUAGGUUGGGUGACUAGUGGUUCAUAGCAGCCGUGAAGAUGUACUCCUGAAGCGUCUGGUGUUUGUAAAAUUUCUCCCUGUAUCCACCACAUUCUUGGUGUUACACAGUCUUUCUGUUGUUUCCUCCAGUAUCUUUCUUGUCCAACUUUGGGAACUGGCAGCUGAAUGUAUUUUAAAACCUGCUGUGAAAUUUCCUCAGGCAUUUUGAAAGUUUUCUUAAUUUUUAUCAA